UUAGAAUUUCCUCAGUUGUAGUUUGUUUUCUUUUGUAGCAGAACAACGGACCACCAGGUCCUCCCAACCCAAUGAUCAGGCCGCCACCUUAUGGCAUGCCCCCAGGAGCCAAUUUCAUGCCCCCACCUAUGGGAGCCCCAGACAUGUCAGCCCCACCUAUGAUGGGAGGGCCACCAGGUUUCCAACCCCCGACAGGAAAUAUUCCCCCUCCCCACUACCCCCCUCCAGGGGGUAUGCCUCCAAUGGGGAUGCCUCCAGCUUUUCCCACACCAGGACCUAGCAACCCCCAGGUCCAGUCAGUCUCACAGACAAGCUCUGCCUCUAACUCCCCACUGGGGGACAAGCAGGAAAAGAAGGUCUGGACAGAACACAAGGCUCCGGAUGGUCGGACUUACUACUACAAUCACAUCACUAAACAGUCCAGCUGGGAGAAACCUGAUGACCUGAAGACAAAGGCAGAGCUUAUGCUCUCUAACUGUCCCUGGAAGGAGUACAAGUCAGACUCGGGUAAAAUUUACUUCCACAAUUCACAGACCAAGGAGUCCCGCUGGACAAAACCAAAAGAGUUGGAGGAGCUUGAGGAGAUGGUUGCCAAGAAGACACAAGAUUCAAGUGUUGGUGGUGGUGGAGAUGCUGGAGGGGUGAUCACAGCGCCCCCUACAUCAGCAGCAGUGCCCCCUGCUGGUGGUGGUGUCUCACUGCCACAGCAGCCCGCCAAACCAUUGCCUGCCACCCAGGGCAGUAUCACGUUACCACGACAACCAGACAAACCGUCCUCUGCUAUCCAGGCUGCCAUGCAGGCAACUUUGGCGUCCAUUAAACUUCCUCCCCCCGCUCCAUCUGUCAAAGUGGAGAAGGAGGUCAAAGAGAAUAAGUUGAGUGAUGAAGAGGAGGAAAAACCCAAAAAGGAGGUUGUCCCCCUUGUCUUCAAAAACAAAAAGGAAGCAAUGGAGGCAUUUAAGAGUCUGCUCAAAGAAAAGGGUGUAUCAUCUAAUGCCAGCUGGGAGCAGGCCCUGAAGUUGAUCGUUAACGACCCUCGUUACGGCGCUCUCAGACAGCUUAAUGAAAGAAAACAAGCUUUUAACGAGUACAAAACAAAGAGGGCGAAGGAGGAAAAGGAGGAGCAGAGACUGCGAGCUAAACAGGCCAAGGAGGACCUAGAACACUUCCUUCUUCACGCUGAUAAAAUGAACUCUAGUGUUAAGUAUUGGAAGGCAGAUGAUUUGUUUGGGGACCAGGAUGUCUGGCGCCGUGUUGAUGACCGGGACCGACGAGAGAUCUUUGAUGAUGUCGUCCACAUGCUGGCAAAGAAAGAAAAGGAGGAAUCUAAGUCUCUAAGGAAGAGGAAUACUAAAGUGUUCACUGAGAUCCUGGACAGUAUGCCCAGUCUGACAUUCUGUACGACAUGGUCCGAGGCAUCACAAAUGUUGUUAGACAAUCCACGAUUCACCGACGACCCAGAUCUACAUAAUAUGGACAAGGAAGAUGCCCUGAUUUGCUUUGAGGAACACAUCCGUUUGUUGGAGCAAGAGAACGAUGAUGAAAAGGAACGAGAACGACGAAGGGGCAAAAGACAGCAAAGGAAAAACAGAGAAGGCUUCCUGGUCCUUCUGGAUGAGCUACAUGAGCAGGGAAAGUUGAACUCCAUGUCAUUAUGGAUGGACCUGUACCGAAUCAUCAGUCAGGACGUCCGCUUCACCAACAUGCUCGGACAACCAGGAUCUACUCCCUUGGAUCUAUUCAAGUUUUACGUGGAAGAUCUUAAAGCUAGAUUCCAUGAUGAGAAGAAAAUUGUCAAAGAAAUCCUGAAGGAGAAAGGUUUCCUUGUCGAGGUUAGUACACUGUUUGAGGAUUUUGCCGCCCAGAUUGCCUCGGACCGGAGAGCUACGAGUCUUGAUACAGGGAACAUCAAACUCACAUAUAACAGUUUAAUAGAGAAAGCUGAAGCUCGAGAGAAAGAAAGACUGAAGGAAGAAGCAAGAAAGCUGCGUAAGCUGGAAAGUCAGUUCAGGACAGCGCUGAAACAGAUCACCCCGGCGAUAGAGCCUGACACUAAAUGGGAGGAGGUUAAGGACAAGCUAGAAAGAGAGGCAGUGUUUGAGGCUAUCACACUGGAGUCUGAGAGGAUUCGACUGUUUAAGGAGUAUCAGGUACUGCUAGAGGAUGCUUGUAGUCACCACCAUGCCAAGAGGAAGAAGAGGAAACAGAAACAUAAACGAUCUCGAUCCAGAUCUCAAAGUGAAUCUGACAAUGAAACAGCAUCUAUACGAUCAUCAUCCAAACAUAAAUCUAAGAAAAAGAAGAAAAAUCGCUCUGAAUCAAGGUCAAGGUCACCCAGUAAUGUCCCAGAUUCAGACCACGAGGACCGGGACAAAAAGAAGCGUGUUCAACCAGAGUCAGAUCAGGAGGAAAAAGACAAGAAAAAACACAAAAAGAAAUCAAAGAAAAAGAAACAUGUGUCACACAGUGCAUCCAGCGCGAGUGAAGAUGAUGAGAGACAGAAGACACCCAGCACCAGUAAACCUAAAAAACGCAGGAAAACAAAGGGAGGAGACAAUGGAUCCUCAGACAGUGAUGUCAGUGAGGGGGAGUUAGAGAGGAGGAGGAACCAGCUUCUACAGCAACUAGAGGCGGAUCAAUGAAAACGGAGAGGUGGAUCAAUAAAAUAGAGGGGUUGGGGGAGGGGAGUUAGAGAGGAGGGGGAAAUAACUGCUACAGCAACUAGAGGCAGAUCAAUGAAAACAGAGAGGUGGAUCAAUGAAAUACAGAGGGGUGGGGGAGUGGAGUUAGAGAGGAGGAGGAACCAGCUUUUCUAUAAUAACAAGAGAUGGAUCAAUGAAAACAGCUGGGGUGGAUCAAUGCAGAGUUAAUUGAAGGGGGGGGGGGGGGGUCUUCAAAACAGAAAAGCACAAACUCACAGUUGGAAUUUGGAGAUAUUUUUAAGCACACAGGAAGAAAUUAAUUUUGAUCGGAUAGAAUUUCAAUGAUAACAUAAAGAAGUGAAUAGAUAUCUGUGACAUUCAAAGUAAACUAAUUGAACAAACUGAACGUUGAUUGUUUCUCUGUAUUUAGUACAGUGAGGGUGCUGUAGAACUUGUUAUUGCGAUCUGCUAAUGAUUGUAAUGUUAUUGUAUACAGUCUUUUUCAAGACAAGAAUAAAACUGAUGUAGUCUA